AUGUUCGGCGGCGGCGGUGGCGCUCAUGCGUCUCAUUCAGCACCUCCUUCCGCGGGGCCUCCUUUCCCUCGGGGAGUCCCCGCCCGCGGGGCCGUGACUAAGCGGAGUCACCUGCCGCCAAGGGCUUUCCAAGAAGGGCCGCGCCCCGAGCUUCCCGCCCGCGGGAGCAACACUGCCCCCGCGCCCCACCCCUCGCCCCGCCGCCCGCCGGGGUCUCCCAAGCCCGCUCUGCGCAGGGCGGGGUUCUUCCUCUGCAGCGGGCAGACCGUGGACCGGGGCGCCGGACAGAGGCUGGAGGGGGGCCUAGGUGGGGGGAAUCCCCGGUGGCUGUCCGCUCCCCACCCCCACCGCGGCCACCAGUCACCGCUCCCAGGCGGGACCCCGAGGCUUGCGGGUGACUCUCGAGUGGUGGCCGCCCUGUGGCCCAGAGGGCCCGGUCGCAGGCGGGUGGGUGAGCGCAGAAGGACGCUGGCCCUGGACUGCUGUUUGAGGGGCCCAGCCCCCUCCUCACAGCUCAGCACGCUGGAGCAGUCUCAGGCUGCCUCACCUCACCCAGCCCCUGGGUCAGCUGAGGACAUGGCUGAGGCGCUGCGGCCGCCUGCCGCUCUGGAGCCAGCCACAGACAGGCAGCGCCAGGGAGGUGUGCAGGCAAAGGCUCUCGCUCUGUCCAGCGGGCACCACUGGCAGUGGACGGCGACGGGGAGGGGCCUGCACUCUUGUGAAUCCAGAGACCGGCACCAGCUGAAUGAAUGUCCCCAGGACGUCACACUGGCCCCCUCUAUCGAUGGCCCUGUGCUAAUGAGACCAGAUGAGCAAGAUGUGCUUGGCUGAGGUCCAGGCCACUGUCCAGGGACCGCCAUGAGCGUCUGUCCGCCUUGGUGUCAGUGGGAGCUGGCUCGUCCUCUGGUGGGGGCCGUCCUCUGUGGCAGGGUGUCCUGUGCCCUGGCGGGAGCACUCCUCACCAGGUCGUGACAACCCACAGCACCUCCAGAGGUGGUCCCCUGUCCCCUGGGGGACAUGACAGCUGCCUAUUGAGAACCGCUGGCUCACAGAACAUCUCAUCCUGCGGAUCCCGCCCAGUGUCUGUUGCAUUUGACCAAGGGACGCGUUUACAGCAAAGUCAGGGGUGGGCUUGACCGGGGGCAUUUCUAGAAGCUUCUAGCCUGACAAGGCAUGCCCUGUGGGGAUGAAAGCCACCCCCAGGACCUGUGUAUGCGCCAAAGCAAGAUGCUGGGGUCUGGGAACCAAAGUGGAGGCCCUCUAGGCCCUGCAGUCCCCAGUCCCGGCUCCCACAGGGUGGGACUCCCCCAGGGCUAUGGCAGAGUCUCUGCCUGGGCUCGGAAGGACAGCGGAGGUCCACAGUUCACCCCAACCUCACUCUUCCAAGUUCCCCUUUUCGAAAGAGGCCCCGGCAGCGCAGAGGUGCGACGGGGCAGGUGCAGUGGACAGGAGCCGUCCGAGUCCCGGGAUCCGAGCCGGGCAGGGCGGUCCCACAGCGCCACCUGUCGGCCGCGCGCGCCCAGGUCCUCAGCCCGGGCCGGGCGACUCCGAGGGGCGGGAGCGCGUGUGCGGCCCCGCGGUCCGCCAGCUGGGCCCGGGCAGGGGUCGCAGUCUGAGGCUGGGUCCGCUGCGUCGGGCGGGAGCUGGCGGGGCGCGGGCGGCACCGCGUGGGGAGGGGCGGGCCAGAGUCCCCCCCAGGAGGCGGAGCUCCCGGUCCCAGCUCCAACCCCAGCCGCGCAGGCGCCCCUCGAGCACCUGGGCAGGUGGACCCCAGCCCCACGGUCCCAAGGACCCUGCCUACGCCCUCGCCCCUGCCCCGGCCCCGGCUCUGCCCGCGGGGUCGUCCCCCAUUCCUGCUCAACCGCCCCCGCCAGCCCCCGUCCCCCGUGUCCUACUGGGACCCCUCCUGGCUGGCCCCGACCCCCCGCUGAGGACUCCCUAGAGUUCACUGGCGACAAGGUGGAGACUGGGGUCGUCUCUGCUGCGCGCCCGGGAUCCUGCUCCCAGCGUCCGGAACCGGGGCCCCUGCCCUGUACACCUCCUGUCCUCGACGCCCCCAGCCUGGACAUGGGGGUCAGUAGUACCAGGACGGUGCAUGGUCAGGGAAGG